AUGUUAUCUCUUGUUACCAUGGAGAUAUUACUUCGCGCCAAGUGUUUUCAGCGCCUAGCCAGUCCUGGUUCUAUGAGAGCAUUACAUAAAGAUUAUAGAACAGCAACCCCUCAGAAUUUCUCCAACUAUGAAUCCAUGAAACAGGACUUCAAACUGGAGAUUCCAGAGUAUUUCAACUUUGCUAAAGAUGUCCUGGACCAAUGGACCAGUAUGGAAAAGGCUGGAAAGAGACCUUCUAAUCCAGCCUUCUGGUGGAUAAAUGGAUGUGGAGAAGAGGUGAGGUGGAGUUUUGAGGAAUUGGGAUCUUUGUCCAGGAAAUUUGCCAAUAUACUUACAGAUGCCUGUGCCCUGCAAAAGGGAGAUCGAGUAAUUGUGAUUCUGCCCAGGAUCCCAGAGUGGUGGCUUGCAAAUGUGGCCUGUCUGCGAACAGGAACAGUUUUCAUUGCAGGAACCACUCAGCUGACCCAGAAAGACAUUCUCUACAGACUACAAUCUUCAAAAGCAAAGUGCAUUAUUACCAGUGAUGUUUUAGCCCCAGCAGUAGAUGCUGUUGCAGCUAAAUGUGAAAAUCUGCACUCCAAGCUAAUUGUGUCCCAGAACUCCAGAGAGGGGUGGGAGAAUCUCAAGGAGAUGAUGAAACAUGUCAGUGACAACCACACCUGUGUGAAGACCAAACACGAUGAAACGAUGGCCAUUUUCUUUACCAGUGGAACAAGUGGAUCUCCUAAAAUGACCGGACACACUCACAGCAGUUUCGGUUUAGGAUUGUCUGUAAACGGAAGGUUCUGGCUGGAUUUGAUACCCUCGGAUGUGAUGUGGAAUACCUCAGACACAGGCUGGGCAAAGUCUGCAUGGAGCAGUGUUUUUUCUCCAUGGAUCCAGGGGGCAUGUGUAUUCGCACACUAUUUGCCCCGUUUCGAGCCAACUUCCAUCUUGCAAACACUCUCCAACUUUCCCAUCACAGUCUUCUGCUCAGCACCAACCGCAUACCGAAUGCUUAUACAGGAUAUGACCAGCUAUAAGUUCAAAAGCUUAAAGCACUGCGUGAGCGCUGGGGAACCAAUCAGCCCUGAAGUGACUGAACAGUGGAGGAAUAAGACAGGCCUGGAUAUCUAUGAAGGUUACGGACAGACUGAAACGGUGUUAAUCUGUGGAAAUUUUAAGGGAAUGAAAAUUAAGCCUGGCUCAAUGGGAAAGCCUUCUCCUGCUUUCGAUGUUAAGAUUUUAGAUGUAAAUGGCAAUGUUCUACCUCCUGGACAAGAAGGAGAUAUUGGCAUUCAAGCCCUACCUAACAGACCAUUUGGCCUUUUUACUCACUAUGUAGAUGAUCCUUCAAAAACAGCUUCAACUUUACGAGGCAACUUCUAUAUCACUGGGGACAGAGGGUAUAUGGAUGAAGAUGGAUAUUUCUGGUUUGUUGCAAGAUCGGAUGAUAUCAUAUUAUCCUCUGGUUACCGAAUUGGACCAUUUGAGGUAGAAAGUGCCCUGAUGGAGCACCCUUCGGUUGCAGAGUCAGCUGUUGUCAGCAGCCCAGACCCCAUCAGAGGAGAGGUAGUAAAGGCUUUUAUUGUUCUGAACCCUGAUUACAAGUCACAUGAUCAAGAACGACUAAAAAAGGAGAUUCAGGAGCAUGUAAAAAAAACUACAGCACCUUACAAAUAUCCCAGAAAGGUAGAAUUUAUUCAAGAGCUGCCAAAGACUAUCAGUGGGAAGAUAAAAAGAAAUGAACUGAGGAAGAAAGAAUGGAAAACAAUUUAA